AUGCCUCACCGCACCCCCAAAACCGUCUCCUUCAGCAAAAAAGACACCAUACUCCCCAUCCCUCACCACAAACGCCCCAAAACCGCACCCUCAGACCCCAAAACCCAACGCGCACAACUCAAAAAAGAAAUCUCCAGACUCGAACACGAUUUCCUCAAAACUCGCAAAUCACGCGAAGCCAAUGAACUCAAAUAUGAGAAAUCACAUAAUAUGAAACGGAAACAAGAACAAGCUCGGAUGAUGGCUUAUGUCGAAGGUUGUAGAAUGCGGGAGGCGGUUUUGAUGGAUUUGUUGAGUGAUGCGAAGAAUAUGUUGAAGUAUGUGGAGGAGCAUGAUAGGUUGCAGGAUAAGGGGUAUGCGAGGGGGUAUUUGGAGAGGAUGGACUUUUGGAGGGAGGGGGUUGUGAGGGAGGUGGGGAGGAGGCGAUGA